AUGGCGAAUGCGUCUCCCUCCCAAUCACCGCCUUCCCUGUCGCUGUUGAAAACCCUCCACCCUCCAGGCUCGGGGGCGAGCCGGUCAUGGCAGUCGAGUCCCCAUCCAGAUCCCUCGACACCGCUUCUUGCAACCGGGUCGGCAGAUAAAUCCGUCAACAUCUGGUCGCUGCGAGAUUUCUCGUUGGUCUCGACGAUAAGCGGGGGACACAAGAGGAGCGUGAGAACGGUCGCAUGGAAGGAUUUCGGCGGUAGCACCAAGGUCAGGACGAAAGCGGAGAAAAAGAAACCUGUGGUGUUGGGCACCGGGAGCUUCGAUGCGAACGUCGGCAUCUGGGUGUGGAAUGACCAUCGGAGGUGGGCGGCCUUUCGAGAUGCGGAUGAUCAGCAGAACGGGGACGAGCGAACGCUGCACAACGAACGGGGCUUGUCUUCUGACACGGACGAAGUCGACAUGACCAACGACCAGGAAGAUGAGGAGUGGCACUUUUCAACGCUGCUCACUGGGCCUGACUCGGAGAUCAAAUCCAUCGAAUUCUCCCCUCCUCACUACCCCGCCAAUCUCUUAGCGACCAGUUCAAGAGACAAGAGUGUCUGGAUCUGGGAAGAGGUGGAGCCCGAAGAAUGGGAGACGAUUGCAGUUCUGAGUGAGCAUACGGGCGAUGUCAAAUGCGUGGGAUGGUGUCAAGGAGCGAGAAGGGGAAAUGGCCGCAGAUCGAAGAGAAGAAAACUCGGAAAUACAGGGGACCGUGAUGGGGAUGUCGAUAUGGGAGAGACAGUUGCGCAAUCAAAUGGCACCGGUGCCGGAACGACGAGAACCCAACAAGACAUGGACAUUGAUGAGGAAGGCGAGUUCGACAUUCUUGGCUCUCGCCCCAUCCUCGCAAGUGGCUCAUACGAUGACACUGUUCGCCUCUGGCGUGAUGUCGAAGAGGAGGGCGACUGGAUCUGCGUUGGCGUCAUUGACGGACACAAAGGGACAGUGUGGGAUCUCAAGUGGGAAAAGCAUAUCAACUACUCUCUCCUGAAUCUUUCACAGUGUCCCACCGAACGAGACAGAGAUAUCGCAACACGAGAAUUUGAAGCAGACUGGAUGCCUCGCAUCAUCUCUUGCUCCGACGAUCUCAGCGUGCGUGUAUGGAGGAGGGAGUUGAGCGAGGCUGAGAAGGAGAAAAGACGGGCGCAAUCCCAACACCAACCGGCACCCAUGGGCUUUGCAUCUACGCGAAUACCGAGCGUGAUACGCCCGAUGAGUGCAAUGGAGAAAUGGGUUGAGGACACUGCAUUGCCCGCCGUGCAUGUCCGGAGUGUGUAUGCGGUCGAUUGGUCGAAGAGGACAGGGAUGGUAGUUAGUUGUGGUGGAGAUGGCACAAUUGUCGUGUACAGGGAAGUACCUGCAUCAGAAUCAGCAACCGGAACCGAGGGUCACGCUGCGGCCGCUGGUAGCAGCGCAGGAGACGACGUCGUGAUGAACGGCACAACCUCGCUGGCUAAACCUGCAGAGGAGGUGCCAUACAAGCUGCAUACCCCGAAGUGGGAGAUUGUGGCCCUUUUGGAAGCCGCCCACGACGAAUUCGAGAUCAACCACGUCUGCUGGGCCGAGCGGCGGGACAAGGACAGAAGGUUCGACGGCGAGGAAAUGAUCAUUUCGACCGGGGACGAGGGCGACGUGCGGAUAUGGACCCUGCCUGACGACCUUCUCGACGAGUUCGAUUAA